GAAAGGAAACAAUAGGACAGGAAUUCAUGGCCAAUUCAAUUCAUGGCCAAUGCAGUCAAGUCUGCCCACUCCAUCUUUAAUAUCUAAACUGGAGACACCGGCUUAAAUUCUUGAAUUUUUUUUAAAGAAUGGAAGUGGGUUAGGGAGAUGGUACGGGAGCAAUCAGAGAAAGAAAAAGAAAACGGCCCAGGUGGGCCUUUCCCCCACCACCACCCCGAUGGUGUCAAGGCGAGAGUACCUCCAGGGAAGAUGGCCGCGGUGACUGAGGGGUAAGGUGAUCAAUCGCCCUCGGAGGCAAGCUGGGAGGGAAGAAGGCAGCGAGGCGAAAGGCUAAAGAAGAAGAAGACGAAGAAAGCGAGGAAAGCAGUGGCGAGAUCCUCUCCCUUCCCCUUGCCGCCCGCCCGGCUGAAGCACCUUGGAGUGCCGCGAAGUGACAGCGGACAAAAGUCAGCGGGUUUGAGGAAUGCCGCGAGGAGAGAGCCGGGAGGGCGGCGCUGGGACAGGGGCAGCCCGUUCUUCGCGCACCACUGGAACCAGGCCCCCUGGAGGGCCGAGGCGGGCUGUGGGGGGGGGGAGGAAAGGCAGGCGGCUGGGGCGACUAGGGGCGCGACGAAAGGCGAGCGGGGGACGAGAAAGGCGGUCUCUGCUCCCCACUAUGACAGACGGGAGGGGUGGGAGCAGCUGGAGCCGGCCCUUCGCCGCCGCCUCCUCCUCCUGGGGCGCCGCCAACGCCGCCGCCGCCACUCCCCUCUCAGCCUGUCACUCGGGACGAGGAGAGGAGCCGGAGGGGCGGGAGAGGAGAAUCGGCGCCUCUUCUUAAUGCACCUGGCUGGGGAUCUCCCAGCGGGGAGAAACAGGCGGCGGCGAGGGCGCAGGGCUGACGGUGAUCGGCUACGGCUAGGAGCGGAAAAGAUGCCCGCGGUAGCGCCUGCAGUUCGGGUUGGCUCGAUCGGUCCUCCGGCCGUCGCCCUGCGGGGGCCUGUGGCGAGGGAGCCUGGCUGCCGUCCUUAGCGGCGCCCAGAUCGAGGGUUCGCGCCCGUAGGGCUGUAUGCCGGCUCGGUGCCCCGCGCUCCGCCAUGGGGAGUCCCUUCUGGCAUCUCGUGUUGCUGGGCUGCUCUGCAGGAUUGAGUAGUAUUCCUGGAACUGCGUCUCGUUGUGAGAAAGCAUGCAAUCCUCAAAUGGGAAACCUAGGUCAUGGACGCAAAUUGUGGACAGAUACAACAUGUGGAUUCAACUCCACAGAAUUAUACUGUUCUUACAGUGAAAAUACAGACCUCUUAUGCAAGCGGCCUAAGUGUAGUAAAUGCAACUCUAUGAAUACACAUCUGGCUCAUCCACCUUCUGCUAUGGUUGAUUCAUCUUUUAGAUUACCACACACAUGGUGGCAAUCAGCACAAGGAGUAGAGAGGGAGAAGAUCCAGCUCAAUUUGGAAACUGAAUUUUAUUUCACUCAUUUGAUCAUGAUAUUCAAGUCACCAAGACCAGCAGCCAUGGUCCUAGAGCGAUCUCAGGAUUUUGGAAAAACUUGGAAGCCUUAUAAGUAUUUUUCCAUCAACUGCUCAGCAGCCUUUGGGUUGGAUGAUGAUGUAACUAAGAAAGAGGCACUUUGCACUUCAAGAUACUCCAGCCAUUUCCCCUGCACUAGAGGAGAGGUUAUAUAUCGAGCUCUGUCACCUCCAAACUCUGCUGAUGACCCUUACAGUCCUAAAAUUCAGGCACAGUUGAAAAUCACGAACCUUCGAGUGCAACUGCUAAAGCGACAAUCCUGCCCAUGUCAUAGCAAUGAUCUGAAUGCAAACCCACCACAGCUAACUUAUUACGCAAUCUAUGAUUUUAUUGUGAAGGGGAGCUGUUUUUGCAAUGGCCAUGCAGAUCGCUGCGCACCUCUUAAAGGUUUUAGGCCUGUCAAAGCAGCAGGAGUCUUCCAUGUGGUCCAUGGGAGAUGCAUUUGUAAACAUAAUACUGCAGGAACUCAUUGUCAGCAUUGUGCCCGUCUUUACAAUGACCAACCCUGGCUUGCUGCAAAUGGCCGAACCAGUGCUCCAAAUGGAUGCAAAUCUUGUAAAUGCAAUGGGCACUCUGACACUUGUCACUUUGAUAUGGACACAUGGCUGGCAUCAGGGAACCAAAGUGGGGGCAUUUGUGACAACUGUCAACAUAAUACUGAAGGACAGCACUGUGAACGUUGCAAGCCAGGCUUUUAUCGUGAUCUUAGAAAGCCUUUUUCUGCUCCUGACACCUGCAAAUUGUGCUCUUGCAACCCCAUUGGAUCAGCCAUGCUUCCUUUUAGCAACAGCACUUUCUGUGACCCUAGCAAUGGUGAUUGUCCCUGCAAACCUGGAGUGUCUGGUCCUCAGUGUGAUCGGUGUAUGGUAGGAUACUGGGGAUUUGGACAUUAUGGCUGUCGACCAUGUGAUUGUGCAGGAAGUUGUGAUUCAAUCAAUGGAGACUGCAUCAACAGCAAUGCAGACAUAGAAUGGUACCAUGAUAUCCCUGGUCUCUAUUCUGCCCGUAACAAGAGUGAAGUAGCUUGGGAGUGGGAGGAAGAACAAGGAUACUCUGCUCUUCGACAUUCAGGGAAGUGUGAAUGUAAAGACCAAGUUCUGCAAAAUUUUAAGAUCUUUUGUGCCAUGAAAUAUACAUAUGUGGUAAAGGCAAAGAUUUUAUCUGCUCAUGAUAAAGGGUCUCAUGCUGAGGUCAAUGUGAUGAUCCAGAAAGUACUGAAAUCUACAAAACUGAAGAUUUUGCAAGGAAAACAGAUUCUUUACCCAGAAUCAUGGACUAACCGAGGUUGUACCUGCCCAAUACUUAAUCCUGGACUGAAAUAUCUUGUGGCUGGAUAUGAAGAUGUUCAUACAGGCAGACUGAUAGUCAAUAUGAAAAGCUUUGUUCACCAGUGGAAAUCAGCUCUGGGGAAAAAGAUCUUACAGGUUUUUAAAAAAUGUGUCUGAAAAGGGCAUUUGUUUAUGCAUAAAGACAUACAUGUAAACUUCAUGAACCAUCUCUGAGAUUAAAACUGGAAUGUGAGGGAACAGUGCCAAAUGUAGUAUAAAAAGAACUUUACUUCGUAACCCAUUCACCGUGACUCAAAACGCCUCAUUUCAGUUUGCAGACAUAGCUGGAUCUCUCUUACACAACCUUCUUUUUCUUGCAAUAGGAUGAGAAGUAUGAACUAAAUGUAAUGAGGUAAUAACGGAUACAUCCACAUCUGCAUUCCUCAGCUCUAGUAUUUCCAUUUUAUCAACAAUCAUCAGUUUGGUGUGAUCAAAGCAUUUUGUGAACAGAAUUUCCUCACAUUUUUGGGGGGACUGGAACAAGAUACUUAAAAGUAAAACCCAUUAAUUUGGCAGAAUAUGCCUUGUAAUUACUUCCUUAAAGUUCUCCUAAUCAAUAUAGAUUUAAUGUCCAAUUUAAAUGUUUUAUUUAAGCCGCACAGGAAUGUAUGGAUAAUUUAAAAGUUGAAGCUUUCAUUUUUUUCUUUGGAAAUAUGUAUAUACACUUGCGAUGGAUAAAGUAUUUGCUGUUAUUUGUACUGUUGUAAUGAACAAGAUUAACUGAAUGCUACAUUAGUGUAUUGCAGCAGUGAAAUCCCCCGAUUCUAUCCAGCUCGCUGAACCGGCAGCACCAGUGGCAGGAGGUGCUGCCCACUCACCGGGACGUCAUUAUGUCCCUGUUUUUAGCAUCUGUGCAUGCGUAAAAUUCUGCGCAUGCGCAGAAGAGGCGCACGCACGUUCCUGUGCAUUCCCGUUCUUGAACUGGUAGUGAAGGUAAGUAGAUUUCACCGCUGGUGUAUUGCAAUCAUAAAGGGGAAUUUGGUUAGGUUUAUAUUCAGGUUUCUGUAGAUAUAAAUGGAAAUGACCAAUAUAUUAAUGGUCAUUUAUAAAAGUAGUACAUAGGAUCUCCACUGAAGUACAAAAGAAUGCUGAUUCAAGUUGGUUAAAUCAAUGGCUUUUGUGGGUUGUGUGGGAUGUUGCAGUCAUGAGCACUUAAAACAUGUAAUGAAAUGGAAUUGAUCCCUUUACUAGAAUUUUUUAUGUAUAAAGCACUUUAUUACCUGCCCCCUUCCAGGGUGAGCAAUCUAAUAUUGGGGAACAGGGACAGCACAGGAGAAAGGAUGAGGGAACAGAAUCUUGCUAAACUUACUAUCACAAUUGCUUUCCUUAUAACAUAGCAAAAGCCAUUCAUAAAACUAAAGAUAGCUUGUGAAAAAGAAUAUAUUUACACUGGAGCCCCAACUUCAAAAUAAUAAUUUGAUUUGCUUGAUAUCAGUAAACAUAAAAAAAGGAAGUUUAUGAAAAAUGUGGUGAACUUGCCUAGCAUUAUGCUGGCUUUAGUUUCUACUUUUGUAAUAUUUAAAUUUAAACUGUUUUUUUAAAUUGUCAUCUUAUGCUUAUGGUGUACAUAAUCUUCCAAAAUUGCAUUUAUUUUAUAUAUCAAGAACUUCAUCACUAGUAUUUCUGUUAACGCAAACACAAGCACUAACAUAUCCUAUUUAUAUGAACAUACAAAAAAUAAAGGCAAAGGCACCAUACAACGUAAAUAAAACAGUCAUCCAUGGUUCAUCUGUUAUUUUUUAUUGUGAUCCUAUGGAUUCUUUAAAAUGAUACUGUUUUAGAUGUUGUUUUUCUAUUUUAUGUAUAUAAUAAAUAUGUUACAAUUUUAAAAAUUGUCAUGAUAUGUUUUUACAAUAUUAUAACCUGUCAAAAUCUUAAAUGUAAAAUAAUUGAAAACCAGUAAAUUUUCUGUGUAUUCAAGCUGUAAUACUGGUCACUAGGAUUAAGACAAAUGAGAUUUUUUCCACACAUGAUAGUUACAUUCAAAUAUGUACCCAUUAACAGAUAAAUUAGUCCGGACACUCACAGAGCUUACUCCAAGAUAUAUAGAU